ACAGCCCGAGACCGACUCACUUAGCCACUCUCUAGUAGAAGUGGAGACAAGUUUGUGAAGCAACUCCGUUUCAUCUUUUUUUUUCUUUUUAAACCUUACCUAGUUGUGUGCUUCUUCAUAAAGUGAAGAACCGUCGUGCACUGAUCGUGUCCCGCUACGAUCACCAAUAGUUAUGGAUAGAAUGUGCGGUUUCCGUUCGGCAGGAGAUUAUCAGGAAAAGGCGGCGGUGGUUAUGUCCUCUUCGGAGAGUCUUAUGUCGUUGUCUGAUUACCAGAACUUUAUUUGUUCAUCAGCCGGAGAGAACUACGUGUUUGGAUCCGACGAGCUUUUCUCAGCAGCAACAGCAGCUUCUGCUUUGUCCUCGGAGGCGGUUUCGAUUGCUCCGCGUGUUCGAAGAGCUGAUCAGGAUAAUAACUUCAUAAAGUCUAAAAUCGCUUCUCAUCCUUUGUAUCCUCGCUUGCUUCAGACCUACAUCGAUUGCCAAAAGGUGGGAGCUCCUUUUGAGAUAGCGUGUGUGUUGGAAGAGAUUCAGCGAGAGAACGAUGUGUACAAAAGAGAUGUGGCUCCUUUAUCUUGCUAUGGAGCUGAUCCUGAGCUUGACGAGUUCAUGGAAACAUACUGCGAUAUAUUGGUUAAGUACAAAUCCGAUCUAGCGAGGCCGUUCGAUGAGGCUACCACUUUCCUGAACAAGAUCGAAACGCAACUACAGGAUCUGUGCACUGGUCCCGCUUCUGCUAGAGGCCUUUCAGAUGAUGGUGCAGUUUCAUCAGACGAGGAACUGAGAGAAGGUGAUGACGUAGCAACCCAGGACAGCCAACAAAGAAGCAAUGACCGGGAACUCAAGGACCAGCUGCUACGUAAAUUCGGUAGCCAUAUCAGUUCAUUGAAACUCGAGUUCUCCAAGAAGAAGAAAAAAGGGAAGCUACCAAGAGAAGCAAGACAAGCAUUGCUUGAUUGGUGGAAUGUUCAUUAUAAAUGGCCAUACCCAACUGAAGCUGACAAAAUAGCCCUGGCUGAAGAAACGGGUUUGGAUCAAAAACAAAUCAACAACUGGUUUAUAAACCAAAGGAAACGCCACUGGAAGCCUUCGGAAAACAUGCCGUUCGCUAUGAUGGACGAUUCUAGUGAAACAUUCUUUACCGAAGAAUGAAAAGUAACAGAAUGUGCAUUGACAUCAUGCGUUGUAUAAUUUUAUAUUACAUUGUUUUACCAAGAAAAGAGAAGCUAAAAGCUUUGGUACAUGGAGUGUCAUUGCCAUUGAAUUGAACUCCUAGAGUCCUAGGCCAAACGAAAAGAAUAUUUACGUGUACGGACGAGGGGCGAGACGACCCUGUGUAUUAAAAUAUAAAUAUAUAGUGGCAAUAUUAAUUAUGUCACAUAUCCA